AUGAAGGCAAAAGAAAUCGUAGCAAACAUUAGCGAUUUCGUGUCUGUGACCCCAAAAACCGAGGCAGCGCUGAUGGAAGCAGUUGCAAAACAACCUGUGACCGUGGUAAUCGAAGCCGAAUCGAAAACUUUUAUGUUUUACAAGUCAGGUGUGUACAAAGGACCGUGUGGAACAGAUCUGAACCAUGUUGUGGUUGCGGUUGGUUACGGACAGGUGCAUCAGUCUAGCAAGUAUUGGAUAUUGAGGAACUCAUGGGGGCCUUCAUGGGGUGAAGGUGGGUAUAUGAGGCUGGAGAAGGAUGUUGGUGAAGAAAAGUCAACCACCGCCCUUUUAACUGAUAAAAGUGGUGCCCUUGUCUAG